AUGGCAAGGCUGAGUGUGAAUCCUAGAGAUCCUCCUACCCCCUCGCCAGCUGGAUCUUCGGGUCAAGUCUUAAACAAGAAAGUCAAAAAGAAACGACCCUCAUUCCUUAAGAUUUUCUAUCGGUCACCGAGGAGGGAUGAUGAAGUCAUACCGGUUGCAAAUCAGGUUUCGGGGCGCCAAAUGGGCUCCAGCGGUUCUGUUGUGUCUGUUGGAAACCAUAUGACAGUGGGUAGUUCUGCAACCGCUACAACUCAAAACCACACCGUAGCGUCACCCAGAACGUUUAUCCCUACUACUUUGAAGAAAUCAAAAUCAUCAUGGGAGACAGCUGACAAAAUUAUCACUAGAAGAACAGCAAGCUGGAAAUAUACCUGGAAAGGGGAGACUAUCAUACUUCGUGAUAUUGCCGACAAAAUUCUCGUGUGGGUCGAUAAAUUUAAAUCUAUUGGAGAUGUAGCUGUAUCUUUUGAUCCAAAUCAUGCCGCACUCCCCUGGAGCGCAUUUAGGUUUAUUCUGCAGAUGGCUAUAAAUGAUAAGCAAAACAUGGGUGCAGUUCUUAUAGGCCUUGAAAUUGUUGCAAAUCUCAUAGGGAGGCCAAGCAGUAUUACUCAAAGAACACUGGAGUACUUAAUUAUCGUUACUACAGUUCGGAUUGCAUUCAGUACCUUUGAGACCGAGUUAGCUUCCUUGCUUGAUGAUAUCGCCACACAGGAGACUAGCUUGCUCAAAGCGACCGACCUUGCAGAAGCAGAAUACCAUAGAAUAGCUGGCCAUGAACUUCAGGAAACAAGUAGAGAAAUAUCCGAUGGACUGAAAAGACUUGCCCAAGGAUUUCAAAUGCCAAUUAUUAGAAUUGACUCCGAUGUCAAAAAACUUGUUAAUGCUCAAAAUGCCGAAGAGCGAACGAAUAUCUUGAAAUGGUUAUCAGAUUUUAUUCAAUGGCAAAGGUCAAGUGCUUCAACGAUUCUCUGGCUACGUGGAAUCCCUGGCGCCGGAAAAACAAAACUUGCGUCGAGAGUAAUCGAUAACGCUAUACAGCAACGGAAAUCCGGGGGUGAUGAGGCCUUCGCUUAUUUCUAUUGUAAACGCGAUGCAUCUGGGCCAACCGACCCAGAAGUCAUCAUGAGCGCCAUUGUGAAGCAAUUAUGCUGUCCACGACCAUUACUGCCGUUGCAGAAUGAGACCACCAUUGUUAUUGAUGCUCUAGAUGAGUAUGAUCAAGAGAAGGGAAAGAAAUUUUUGAUGUCGUUAAGGAAGAUUGUCGAAUCUUCUACAAGCCUUGUGAAGAUAUUCGUUUCUAGCAGAAACGAUGACGAUAUUGUACUCAAGCUAGAAAAAUUACCAAAUCUUUGGAUCAAAGCAGCAGACAAUGCGGGCGAUAUUGAGAGGUUCGUGCAGAAGGAGGUCAUACGCUGUAAAAAGGAUGGAGAUUUGUUGCGUGGUAGCAUCAAAGAUGAGUUGUUAGAGAAAAUUAUUAGUAGCCUAACCACGCGGUCUCAAGGAAUGUUUCUAUGGGCCGAUCUUCAAAUUAAACACAUAUGCGCCAUGGAUACCUCGGCGGAUAUCGAGGCGGGACUAAACGCAUUACCGGAAUCUUUAGAAGAGACAUAUCUAGAGAUUCAUAACCGUAUACGAUUUCAGAAAGGAAAUAGUCCACAGAUAGCUGAAGCUACUUUGAUGUGGGUACUUUGUUUAAAAGAAUCAUUGCCACCUGCAAAGCUCGUUACUAUCGUCUCACGGUCCGUCAACGUGGAUGAUUGGGAGCUUAGUGUGGAAACGUUGUUGAAAAUAUGUCACAAUCUUCUCGUGCUUGAUCGCCAAUCCAACAUUGUACGGGUUGCACACUUAUCAGUACGUGAAUUCCUUGAAAAAGGUGUCGGAACUAUCAAUGCACAUACAAUGGCAUCGAAGUUUUGUCAUAUGAUGGAUAAUACUGCUAUCCUGCGCUCUUCCCUCGCUCCUGAUGUCAGGGCGGCAUUUGUCAAGCGUUAUGUCGUGAGUUAUUGGAUACACCAUGUCCGGUGCUCUAGAUCUCUCCAUCAACAAGCAACCCUCGAGCUUUCUGAAUUACUUUUGAAAUUCUUGAAAAGUGAUGCCCUUGUGUCAUACGAUAUAGCAAGGCGGGAUUAUAUGAAUGAUAUUUACCCUUGGACAAGCUCAUGGGAAACUCAGCCCAAAUAG